UGGCGGACGUGACGUCACGACUGGAUAUAAAUUCAAAUAAAAUUCGUCUCUCCCGCCACGGGGCUGUGCUGAUUUUCUUGAGCGAUUUUUGUUUUUAAAAAUAUAUAUUAAUAAAGACGUUCACAUAUUUACGGCGCCGUUUGACUUGACAAGAAGGGGAUCUCGUCGUUUACAACUCAACCUCGGCCUUCCGAGCGAUGCAGAAAACCACGAAGCAACUGGCAGAGGAACUUGGGUUUAUCAGAAAACGAGCGUCAUCUCCGUCGGUUGCUGGAACAACUGAAAAACGAGUACGAUCACAUCAACUAUUCGCCUACCUCAUCGUCAUUGAUUUUGAAUCGACCUGCUGGAAUGAUGGACGGCUACGCAAUGGGCAAGAAAUAAUUGAGUUUCCUGCCGUCCUGUUGAAUGCGGCCAAUGGACAAAUAGAAAAUGAGUUUCGCACGUACCUCCAACCACAGGAGCAUCCUUUACUCUCCGCCUUUUGUACAGAGCUUACAGGUAUUCAGCAGCACCAAGUGGAGGCUGGUGUGCCCUUGCACAUUUGCCUCUUGCAGUUUGGUCACUGGCUGAGCAAACUGCAAGAAGAGAAGAAUAUUGUGUUUGCAAGAGACGUUGAGAGAAAUGCAUGCGAAGGCAAGAAGCCGUGUGCGUUUGUAACAUGGUCAGACUGGGAUCUAGGAGUGUGUCUAAAGAACGAGUGUCAGAGGAAACGGAUACGAAAACCUGAUGUUCUCAACAGCUGGAUUGACUUGAGAGCAACUUACCAGAUGUUUUAUGAACGCAAGCCAAAGGGUCUGAAUGGAGCAUUGCAGGACCUUGGUAUGUGCUUUACUGGAAGAGAGCAUUCAGGUCUUGAUGAUGCCAGAAAUACAGCACAGCUGGCGUGGAGGAUGAUUUGUGACGGAUGCACUAUGAAGAUCACCAAGUCUAUCGAUAGAGCAGUGAGUGCACCCUUUCUGGCUGGCUGGGAUGUGCCUCACUAUAGACGAUGAUGAUGAUGAUAAAACGUCAUUUUCAGCAUUAUAAAUGUAUUCACAAGUGCAUGCAUCCUCUCCUACCCCGCUCAGAAAUAAUGCAUGAAAGAAUACAUUAAUAUAUAGGGCCUCUAUACAGUUGUUCAUCUAACAACCAUGAAUGUAUUAUCACAUACCACAUGUAUUGCAUGGAAAAAUACGACAAAAUACCCUCUAGAGGGUCUCUAGAGUUCCCAUCAACGCUGGCUUGA